CAGCGUUGUCGGCUGCGUACUCAUUCUCAGCUUUCCCUCCACCUCGUCUGCAUUCUGGCAUUCAUCGAACGCUCACGUUUGCACGUCGAGGAGAGUGCUGAAGACAAGUAUCCUUCAGGCGGGACGGACUCAUCCAUCAAUUUAUCCGUGAACGCUGGCAGGAGCCGCCGCGUAGUCUUUUGUCAGUGUAUUGGUCGGGACGUCCACUGUAGGAACUUAGGAGGGCGAUAAGAUCAGCCAGUCGCGCGCACCGCCGUCGCCGCCCGUCAACCAUCUGUCCAUUUCGACCAUGUCCUGGAAACUGGGUUCGAAGAAGUCAAAAGACGUCAAGCAGGAUGGCGUCGUCUCUCGCUCUGUGACGCCUAUGCCCUCGCGUUCUGUUACCCCUAAGCCGCCGGAUGUGCAAGAGUCGAACCUGCGUCAGGGUCUGCUCACCAUUCGGAUAUUCUCAGGGCGCGGAUUGGCCCUGCCACCUGGUAUCCUCGUGCCCGACAUCAUCCAGAACGCCAUCCAAUCUGCCCCACCCCCGCAGCGCAGCAACCGCGAGAGCAUGCAACGCCGGCGGUACUGGUGGCUCCCAUACGUCGUGCUCGAGUUCGAUAAGAACGAGGUGCUAAUCGAUGCUCUCGGCGGAGAUCUGUCGAAGCCGGAGUGGAACUAUAAGGCCGAUUUCGACGUCUCUCGCAUGUCCAACAUAUCUGUCUCGGCGUACCUGCGUACGGCGCGGUGCGUGCCCGGGCAGGGCGAUAUGGGCAAUGACUUACUCAUGGCGCGCGUGGACCUCACUCCGACGCUGGACGGACACCGUGCCUCCGACCAAUGGUACACGGCAUCGGCAGGCUCGGGCUCGUUCCACCUGAAGAUCGACUUCAAGCCCGCACGGCACGAGUCGCUCACGAUCGAGCAAUUCGACCUGCUCAAGGUGAUUGGCAAAGGCAGCUUCGGGAAGGUCAUGCAAGUUCGGAAGAAAGACACGCAGCGGAUAUAUGCCCUCAAGACUAUCCGUAAGGCGAAUAUUGCGCAGAGACCAGGCGAGAUCACGCACAUUUUGGCGGAAAGGACGGUGCUGGCACUGGUGAACAACCCUUUCAUUGUGCCGCUCAAAUUCUCGUUCCAGAGCCCGGACAAGCUGUACUUGGUGAUGUCGUUCGUGAACGGUGGCGAGCUGUUCUAUCACCUGCAGCGUGAGGGCAAAUUUGAUGAGAACCGCAGUCGAUUCUAUGCUGCUGAACUGUUGUGUGCCUUGGAGCACCUGCAUAGUUUCAAUGUCGUCUACCGGGACUUGAAGCCGGAGAACAUUCUUUUGGACUACACUGGUCACAUUGCCUUAUGUGAUUUCGGGCUGUGCAAGCUCAACAUGUCUGAGACGGAGAAGACGAAUACCUUUUGCGGUACACCAGAAUACAUCGCACCUGAGCUUCUGGAAAGCCAGGGAUACACGAAGACGGUUGAUUGGUGGACGCUUGGUGUGCUGCUGUAUGAGAUGAUGACUGGUCUGCCACCAUUCUACGACGAGAAUGUGAAUGUCAUGUACCAACGCAUUCUCUCGGAUCCUCUCCUCUUCCCUCCAGACAUGUCGAGCGAUGCCAGGCACGUCAUGAUUGGUUUGCUUCACCGCAACCCGAAGCAUCGGCUUGGAGCCAAUGGUGCGGAAGACAUCAAGCGUCAUCCGUUCUUCUCCAAGCACAUUGACUGGAAUCGGUUAAUGGCGAAGAAGAUUACUCCGCCGUUCAAGCCCAGUGUAGACUCUGUCCUUGAUACCGCCAACUUUGACUCCGAAUUCACCGCGGAACAAGCGCAAGACUCGCACGUCGAUGCUACGCCACUAUCGGAAACGGUCCAGGACCAGUUCCGCGGUUUUACAUACAAUCCCGGAAACGAGUAUCUCAGCGAAAGCAUCAGUUACCCCAGCGUCAUGGGAUGAGGGUACUCCAUAGAUAAGUGCCGGUUAAGCACACCAGGAGCGCUUCUUGUCACAUCCCUGCCGUGUCUUCAUCCCGUCCUCGCUUCUCCUGCCCUUCUUUCAUGCUGACCCUGCGUUCCACUGCUUUUGCCCCUAUCACGUAUAUUUGCCCCCGGCCUGUUCAUUUCGAACUUCCUUAUCCUUUUGCGCGGCGGAUCCUAUCGUUUGGUCGUUCAUGCGGCUACCGCUACUGACGUCGUGCCUGUUCUCGCUGCUUGUAUAUGAGUUGAAUACCACCCGCCCGACGGGCGCGGAUCGUAUUGCGUUGGCACGGACUUGCACAGUG